AUGUCAUUCCAUGAACUACCUCUUGAGAUUCAACAGCGGAUCAUCUCGUACCUUCCUUCGGACAAAGAUGUGGCCGCACUCUCGGUCCAAUGUCGCGCCCUCCAUUUCAUGAGCGACAUGGCAACACGCCAAAAGUUUCACCGCAUUAGCGUCUUCCCAGACGAGUAUGGUAUUGAUGUGCGCCACAUUGAAUGCUGCACAACAACAUCCCUGUAUGCGGACUACGAAGUAACAAGGUCCCAGCGUGGCUUGAACGACGAAGACAUGAAUCUUGUGCACAAAGCAGUCAGAGAAGCCGAAUUCACCGGCCCGGACGAGCAGCAAGUGGAGGAGGAGGAGGAGGAAAACCAAAAGCCUCAGAUUACAUUUUUCACCCAGGCGCUCACUGCAAUUCUCACCGCGGUAUCUCCAAGCCUUGUGUUGAUGGCCAUAACAAAACCUGUUUGUGGACGCUUUGGUCAUCCAACUAAGGAAUUUCCACUCGCCGAGUUUCUGCGCUGGGCCAACUCUGAACCAGAGAGCAAACCCUAUCUUCAAAACCUUCGCGACGUUUAUUUGAUUAACAUCAACAACAGCAAUGGGUGGGAUGAAACAUGUUAUCAAGAGAUGGAUUUUUACGGCUGCUGCGGUCUACUUGACAGCCUUUCGUCCAUUGAAUCGGUCAGCGCCGAUCUGGUCUAA